AUGUCUCAAACCAACCUUGAUUCCGGAGCUCUCGAUGAGUUGAACUCCGUCGAGACUCGCAUCUUAUUCGACACCACCGACAAGCUUUCCUCACUUGGCAUUGGCAAGAUCGUGAACCUCCCCCAAAUCAUUGUCGUGGGGGACCAAUCAUCUGGAAAGUCAUCUGUGCUUGAAGCGAUCUCCCAUGUCAAGUUUCCCGUUAGCUCCGGCUUGUGCACACGUUUUGCCACGGAGCUGGUUCUCCGAAAUGGCACACAAAGACGCGUCAAGGCCACCAUUAGGUUCCACAACGAUGUUAGACCUGCACAGGUAAUUUGGGUCGACUUUUCUGAGGGAGAAGACAUUGGCAAAGUCGUUACCGCCGCCAAAGAGCAUAUGGGCCUCACGGAUUCCAACAGGGGAUUUUCCAAGGACGUUCUACGUCUGGAGGUCGAAGGCCCGAAUUUGUACCCUCUCACCCUGGUCGAUCUACCCGGAAUCUUCCACACCGCGACGGCAAAACAGUCGGCGGAGGGCAGAACAACUGUCAUGGAACUAGUAGAAAGUUACAUGGAAAAGAAAAACAGCAUCAUCCUCGCCGUCAUAUCAGCCAGUAAUCAGCUCGCCAACCAGAGAGUCCUAGAAGAGGCUGCGAAACACGACCCCACAAGGGAGCGUACACUUGGGGUCAUUACCAAGCCAGAUCUUCUCCAUCCAGGAUCUCCUGACGAGCUCGAGUAUCUCCAAGUGGUCAGAGGCCGCGAGGUGGUGCACAACUUGCAGCUGGGAUGGCAUGUGUUACGGAACCUUCCAGACUACGGCAAAUCCGAGGCAGAUCCUGACUCUCGGGACGUGGUCGAAAAAAAGUUCUUCGAAUCUGGGUCCUGGGCUUCCAUACCGGUGAUUCAUCGGGGCAUCUCUGCUCUACGAAAACGUCUCAGCCACAUUCUCCAUGAUCACAUCAAGAAAAGCCUUCCAGGUGUUCUUGGAGAAAUUCAGGAGAAGCUCAUUGAAAAUGAGGCCGAGCUCACACGCUUAGGGCAGGCCAGAUCCAGUCAUGCCAGCAUGAGAGCAUAUCUUGUGGACAUUGCAGGAGGCUUCGAGAGACUUGUUCGCGACGGCAUUCAGGGCCAUUACAAUGAUCCAUUCUUCGGCGGCUUUGAUGGCACUGAUCGGAAGUUACGGUCUCACCUACGAAAUUUCAAUCGAGCCAUUCGUCACAUCCUCAUUGUGAAAGGGUCAUCACAGAAAAUUUCCUCUGCCGUUCCUAUUCCCAAGAGACGGAAGUUCAUGCCUCUGCAUCUUGAAGAGUUCCUCGAAAAACAUCCAUACGACCUUCAGAUACCCGAAGCAAUUGCCUGGUCGGAGAUGGCCACUCAACUGGAGCGGCAAGCGGCUGCAAACCAAGGGACCGAGUUUCCCGGAUACGCCAAUACGGAUUUGAUUGUGCAGCUUUUUCGGAGACAGUCAAGGCCCUGGGAGGCUGUCGCUAGGCUACAUUUGAAAAAGGUUCUCGUUGUUGUAAAGGGCUUCGUAGAUCAGGCAUUUGAGCACAUCGCUGGACCCUUGGGAACUUGUAGUACCACUUCCAGCAUUCUGUCGACUUGCGUCGAUCCUUUUUUUGAUGCAAAAGAGGAGAUUAUCGAGAAUAAGCUGCGGGAGCUUCUUCGACCUGUCCAGCAAGGAUACGCGCUUCCUCUUGAUGCCGACUUCCAGGAAGCUAUGGACCGCAGAACUUCUGACCCUGAUCAUACGGGUACCGGAACUUCACACAGAUGCAAUGAGUUCGGAACCCAAUGGGCCAUAGAAACAAUGCAGACAUUCUACGACAUGGCGUUGCGCACAUUCACUGACAACCUGAUCAACCUGGCUUUGGAGAGCUGUCUCAUACAGGAGCUCCCAGGAAUCCUAACACCGAAGGAUGUCAACGAAAUGGAUGACACAAGGCUGGAGGAGCUCGCGGCCGAGUCGGAGGAGAUCCGGGCGCGGCGUACACAACUGCAGAGCGACAUUAAGCUACUCAAACAGGGCCUGGAUCAAUGCCGCCGAUACAGGCCCAGAGGCGUGACGAGUAAGUAA